CUGGAGGGGGGAGGUCAAAAUCAUGAGAAGUGAGAAUUUUAAGAUUAAUAAUAAUAAUAAUAAUAAUAAUAAUAAUAAUAAUAAUAAUAAUAAUAAUAAUAAUAAUAAUAAUAAUAAUAAUAAUAAUAAUAAUAAUAAUAAUAAUAAUAAUAAUAAUAAUAAUAAUAAUAAUAAUAAUAAUAACAAUAACCAAAACAGUGAUAACCAGAGCAGUAAUAAUAAUAACAACAAUAAUCAUAAUAGUAUUAGUAAUGAAAAUGAUGAUGAAGAUGACGAGGACGAGGACCAGGAGGACGACGACGGCGACGGCAAGGACGAGGCCAAGGGGGACAACGUCAACGAUGACGGUGUAACAUGGUUGUGCAGCACGUACCGAUGACGCCGUUCAUGGGUGUGCGG